AUGACAACAUCAUCAACAUCAUCGACGAAUGUUAGAAAAAGAAAGACAUUGUCUGAAAAUGAUAAUGCCAUACAACGUAGAAAACAAAGAAAUCGAGCAAAGGAAUUAAGAGCAAAAGCAUCAAGUCUUUGCAAUGAAUGGUCGGAUCUCAAACGAAAUUUAGAAGUUUUAGAUAAUAAAUACAAACAUUUACUCGAAACUAGGAAGAUGAACGAAAAAUAUUUUAGAGAUUAUGAAAAAAGAACGAAUGAAGCCUCCACUAUCAAAGAUUAUAUAAUUUCUUCAAAUGCCAAGGUCCAAAGAGCUCAAGGCAGGGAGUUAGAAAAAAUAAUAUCAAAUCUUGACGAAGAAUUGCCGGAUCUCAAACAAAAAAUAGAGAUUGAAAAAGACAAUUACGAAAAUUUAUUCGAAUCUUACGAGAGAAAUGAAUCUGGUUUUGCACCAGAUCUAUCUUUCGCGGAUGAUUUGUUUAUGGGUGAAAACAAUACAAACAACAUAAAUAAUAAUGGCAAUAAUAACAGUGAUGAUAUAGAAAGUAAUAGAAAUGAAUCAAAUGAUUUGUCUAUGGGUGACAACAAUACGAACAAUCAAAAUCAACUCAAUAAUAACGCUGAUAUUGAUUUCACUAGCCUGCUUAACAAUGAUGAUUUAGACAGUCUCUUCAACAGUCUCUUCAACAAUGAUGAUUUAGACAACAGUCUCUUCAACAGUCUCCUUUCAACAAUGAUGAUGUGA